GCGAAAACAGCAUCUAGAGCUGAAUCGAUUGGGUUAAACAGGACGAGUUUCAAAAUUUUGCGAAUCGCCUCCGUAUUCUGAGUGAUUUCAUCUAGUCCAUUCGCCAGGAACAACCCAUAGCCGGAGGAGAGAGUACUAUUGAAGCGGUAAGCAAGUUGAAGUCAAGCGCGCUUUUUCCAAGGACUCUAACAACUCUAACUCUGGAGGCCGACUCAAGCAACAGGGAAUACUCAUAGCGGGCGCAACUCGCUAGGUGAUCACAGUGCAAUGUCGGCGACGAGACGUCGCCACCUAAUAGUUUGUUCAUCCGACGACGAAGAAGUAGCAGAGGUCGAACCUAUUCCACGACGUCGACAACAACUGCAAGUCGAAGAGGAAGAAGACGCCACAACCGCAACUCUCAAUUUCCAAACUGUUACCCUCAACUCCACCUCCCCGCCAUCAGCACAAGUAGCUGACUGCGUUGUUGGCCACGUCUUGCAAGAGAUGGGGCUCAUGAUUCGGACUGAAUGGCUGCGGUCCUGCAUCGGCCAACUAGAAAGCUCCGUCUUAGGUUUCCAGGCAUUCGACUCCACAUCAAAAGCCAAGCUGUGCUUCAAGCAAUUCCUCUACUCGGACAUGAACUUUUCCAGUCUGGGAGGCCUACCUCCGAAUGUGCACACCAUGCAUUCAGUUGAUCUCAAAGGCCCCUUUGUGCUUCAGGUGGAUGAGAUAGCUAAUAUCAGCUUUCCUCUGCGGGAUAGGUACCAUGAAGCACCUGCUGGGAUAAAAAGAUGUCUCAAAUUGUCCAUGACAGAUGGUAUUCAGCGCGUGUUUGGGAUGGAAUACAGGCCUCUAAAGAGCCUUGAUGCCAUGACUUCUGCAGGGAUUAAGGUUUCCAUUUGUAAUGUCAAUGUAAGGCGUGGAAUUCUAAUGUUGGUCCCAGAAGUUUUUGAAAUUCUGGGAGGUAUGGUUGAUGAAUUGGAGGGUGCACGUCAGAGGCUGGUUGUUGAAGUAAAUAAGCCACCUAGGGGAAAAAGAACAAGAAAUGGAGAUGCUCCUCCUUUAGCAUCUAGAUCAACUCUUGCUGCAUGGCCUCAAGAAAGUGCCACUGCUCCAGAAUGCCCUGAUACUUCUAGACAACGUGGUCAACCUCUCCAGUUUGAAGGGAGAGAAACCUUACCUAGCAUCCGUCCAAGUAAUGGGCUUAGAGAUACCACAACUCCCAUUAGAAGGGAAGACACUGAAAGUGACCUUUCAUGUCUGGAGGCUAUGGAUGUGUCAGUCAUCCCAGCCAGCAAUAUGCUUGGGAACUUUGCAACCCCCAGCAGGAGGGUAGAUAGCGACACUGUCCAUUUUCCCAUGGAGGCAAUGCAUGCAUCUAGCAUCGACACUACCAUUAGUAGGGUAAGAGAUGUCAUAGGUCCCACUAGGAGGGAAGAUUCAGAAACUAGCCUUUCAGCUAUGGAUGUUGAUGAAACUCGACAUAUGUUUGAUGGUGCAGAAACAAUGUUUAGGGCCCCUUCUACCGGCAGCAUAGAAGUAGACGUUGCAGUUUCUGUUUGCAGUGAAAGUGCUCAGCCUAUCUCUACUGAUGAAAUUGACUCAAUUGAUGCGAGAAUUCGGUCAGAGAGUCGGCAGAGCAGAACUCAAGGUAACAUUCCAGUUCAUAUCACAACAGUUGACUCUGAGUCUGAGUCAGAUGAGUUACCUACUGCAGAUAUAAAUGAAGACGCUAACAUGGUUGAUGAGCUGGAUCACCCUUUUGUUCUUAAUAGAGACAAGGAAAUCCCUUUUACUUACAUGGCCAGCUUGUCUGCUAAGCGAGCAAGUGCUACAGUCAAAACAUCCUGUGUCAAAGGAAAAAUAAAGUGCUUUCUUACUGGUGUGAAGGGAUUUAAAUAUAAAGGAAGCAGUUCCUACGAACUUAGAGUUUAUGUCGAUGAUGGAAGCCUUAUCUCCGAAAUACUUAUUGAUCACAAUGCCGUGCAAAAACUAAUAGGCUACUCUCCCGUAGAAGUGACUAAUGCUCUUGCUUCGUCAGAUAGAAAGCAAGAAAAUCACAUGAAGGAAACAAUGAAGCAGUUCCAGAAAUUCCUUGUGAAUUUUGAGGGAACAAUGGUUAUAGAGAUGAUGGGGGACUGUCUAACACCAAUUGCAACAGAAAUGAACCAGGGAUGUCCUGCAUCUGAUGCUCCGCUGCUUCUUAGGCGACUUCAACCAUCUCUUAUGCCGUGAUUGAGAGGUGCAUUGGAGGGAUGUUAGGGACUUAGGGAGGUAUUGAUUUUUCAAUUCAUUUAUCUAAAGAAUAUGAGCAUAAAGAUGUAAACAUGUGGAUUUUAGCGUGUACAAAAAAAAAAUCAUGUGGUAAUAUAUAUGUGCAAUAAAUGUACUAGGAGUUUGGUGUAAUUUCUAAUCAAUGUUAAUGUAUGAACAAAUCAAGUUUAUAUUAGCCAAAAGUCACCUAAGUGUGCAAUAAAACUAUAUCCUUUUAUUUCUGGAUCGUAGAUAGUGCAUUGUGUAUGGC